AUGCUCUCUAGCCUGUCCGACGACCCAGCGCUCGACGUCCGCAGGCACGAGCACUUCCUGAGCCCCUCGGAGGGAGGGCGGAGGAGCUUCAGGGACCGAGCGAAGAUGGCGAUCCAGAGCAUCCUGAAGAGGAGCACACGGCGAAGAGCCGUCAUUGUGACCAGCCUGCCCCUCGACCACAGCGUCGGAGCCCUGCUGCAUGUGCUGGUGGAGAACGGGUUCAAGACCAAAUUCUGCCGGGAGGAGGUGAACUCCUGCCUGGCUCCUCCUCCGGACGGGCAGGUGGUGUACAGCUUCGCAUGGCUGAAGCGGGAGGGGCAUGAGCUGGCGGAGAGGGUGAGGGGGUCGGUGGUGACUAUCAACUCGUUCGGGGCCGGGUGGAAGAUGUGGAGCAGGCGAUCUCUGUGCUUGGCGAGCAGCAGGAACGCGCGCUGGUUCAACGGAUCCUCCGGCUACAUCGACUGGCAUCCCCCGUGUUUCAAUUUCCCUGCGCGGGCUGAGGACGUGUACAAAUUGAAGGGAUCGGAGAAACCCUGGAUCCUUCACAGUUCAAGUCAACCCAAGAAGACUUUGUUUCGGUCAGGUUCUGAGGCCAUCGAAAACGUACAAGUCGGCGUGUUGCAGGCAAAUACUGCCUGUCUAGCCUGCCUGCCUGCUGACAGCAAUGUGAAGGAGUACAUCUCAAGCCCGCUCCUGAUCUACGGCAAGAAGUUUAGCCUGAGAUUCUACGUCGCUGUCACGUCGUUGAACCCUCUGCGCUCCUACAUCUUUGACGACGCCAACGUUGCGCUUGCUCGUGAGGCCUUCUCGGGAGCGAGCGAGGAGGGGCACAGGACCUCGGAGGUGGAAGGAGACGCGAAGAUGAAGAGCGUGCUGGAGUACCUGAACGCGUCGGGACUUGAGGUCGGGGACCUCGAGAGGAAGAUCGAGGAGAGGAUCGCCGUUGCUGUGCUAUCCGCCUGCACCCUCCACUCGUCCCCUGUUGAUGGUGCUUCUCGCUUGCGACGCUUCAAGCUCCUGGCUGUACAUGUCUUGAUUGAUUCUUCUCUUUCCCCGUGGGUUGUCAAGAUCGACCCCUCCCCCAACCUCAACGUCCGCAGCAUCUCAAAACCAUCGGCGAAGCCACUGCAAAAGGCCUUCAGAAAGCUGCUGGCGGCACAGGAAGACCGCAAGAAAAUGUCCUGGCUGACUCGUUUCAACACCAUCAGACUUUUCUCGCGCAUGAGACAAACAGCCGAGAUGAAGGACGACGAGUUCACUCCAGGAACCAAACUUCGGGUCGACAUGCUGAGUGGACUACUGAAACUUCUCGACGUCCAUGGCAUCUCCCCGUCUCCUAAGAAGAGACUUACAGAGGAGCUGCUCUUGACCUCCCUUGAGAAGAAGAUCUCCUCCUGCGUCAACAAGUCCAUCGACGAGAUGACGUCCAAGAGCAGCGAGAGCAGCGCGAGGAAGCAGGUGUCAGGCAAGCAGAUCAGCGCCAUUGUAGCCUUCGAGCAAGAGAGGAGGAGGUUGAAGGGGCGGGGGGUGGCGAGCUUUGUUUCCCCGGGAGGGGGAUAUGCGGAAGAUUCGCAGGCAGGUGUCUUCGAGGAGGAAGGACCUGUUCCUGCAGUGGUGGAUCCUUCAUCAGAGGUCACGAUGUUUUGCGAGUGCGGGUCAAACUUGAUCAAGCUGUUAUGCUGCCUUUCCUUGUUUCAAGUAUGA